AUGCCUGUACGCCGGGGAAAGAAUAAAUAUAGACAGAAAGCCAUCACAGACUAUUUCCGCGCUUCUCAGAGCUCCUCAGCUACAAAUGUACAAAGCCAGUUGAUGCUAUCCUCUACCUCAGACGAUACUUCUGCAAUGCUUGAUAACCCCGCCGCGGACAUUAUCGACCGUACCAUAUCCUCCAGUGAAACUGAAGCUGGCGAACACUCUAAGAACGAAGAGAAUAUUUCAAUAGACAGCGCCUCAGAGGGUUUUAAUGUUGAUAAAGGGAACGAUAGCACAACCUCCACCCAAGGGCUCAAACAUAAGGCACAAAUCACCUUCGCGUACCGCAUCCAGAAGAUCGUCGAAUUAAUCUGUUCGCUACUGCUUGCUCUCAGUGACACCUCAGAUGGCGCCGCUGUCGCCAAGAAGCUCUUAUCGUACACCCAGGGAGAACUUGUUACACUCGUGCUGGACCUGUUCGAUACCAAAGUCCAGGCAUUACUAGGCAUGCCCAAGAUCGAUCCCACUUUACUAGCACGAUAUCUUCCACGCACAGUCACCACUAAAGGGAACUAA